AUGGAUUUUUUGUCACCGGUGGCUCCUGUGGUGUCAGCUCCUAAGCUUGCUCCCAGUUCCCUACUGAAAAACCAGAAGGACAACUUUCAACAUGGACUCAGCCAUAACAAAGAGGAAAGUUUAAAGGAUCUCUAUGCCCAAAAGAGCCAAAGGCAUUCUCUUUCUGCAGAAAGAAGUCAAUACAACCCCAAGCAUGGAGCCCUCUGUUCAGCUGGGCUGCAGAGCAAGUAUCUCACCAUCCAGUCCUGUACUCUGUCAGCUAAAUCAGUAGACAGACAGAAAGGAGUGGAUCAUGCACAUGCCCUGAAACCAAUUUCUCACCACAACAGUGCAAGUGUUCCAGUGGCCAAGACAGCCCAGCUCGGAAGCUCCCCAUAUAAGCAGGAAGCUCCAAAUAGUAGAUCAAGCUCAGUAAGCAAAGGGAAGGCUCCAGCAGGGGAGUCUCAGUUACCUUGGACAGUAGAUCCCGAGCCAUCAGCCCCUCAUCCAUACAGAAGAGAGCUGGCCUACAUCCUAGAGUUGGAAGCAGAUGGAAGGAAACUAGAAGAGGCAAUUCAAGAGAUAAAGGUCAUUCUUGCAGAGAAGCUGAGGAGAACAACAGAGACUCUAAGGAGGAUUCAAAGAGAGGAGUUUAUCAAGACAGAGGAGAGAAGAGACAGAGAAGCAGAAAGGACCCAUGAGCCAAAGGCCACAAGGCACUCUGAAGAGAAAACCUUCAGAGUUGCAGUCAGGCCAGGUGAUAGUGUCUUAGGUGGGGCACAACCUGCAGAGGCCACUGUUCCCAAGCAUGACACCACCCUCCACCCCCAAGUGCGGGACACGGAGAAACUCAAGAAAGAACGGCUGGCAGCCAGCAACUGCAAAAUGAAAGACAACAUGGAGAGUUUAGCUUAUUGUUCAAAGACGACCCCAAAACACAGCCCUUCUCCCCCUGCCCUCUCAAGCCAAGACUCUGGUGACCCCCUGUCUUCAGAGGUGCCUCAUGAGCAGGCUGACAGUGCAGUGGAGCAGGAGGAGCUCAGACAGUGCAGCUUCUGCCAACGUAAGUUUCUCUGGACCAGGCUUGAGAAGCACAUGAGUAUCUGUGGCAAGAACCAAGGCUCCAAGAGGAAAGUGUUUGACUCCAACAAGGCAAGAGCUAGAGGAACAGAACUGGAAGAGUAUCUAAAGCAGAAGAGCUCAAGGACUUCUCAGAGUAAGACACCACCCAGAAGAAACACCUGGAAACAGAAGCACGAGGCUCUCAUUCAGAUCAUGCGCCACGCACGCCAGCUGCAGCAAGUGCUCGCCAGCGGAGGGAAGGCAUCUGACCUGCCCCCGUUGUCUCCCAUCAAAAACCCAGACUAUGUUCCCUGCCCUCAUUGUGGACGCCAGUUUGCUCCCCGACCAGCUGAGAGACAUAUUCCCAAAUGCAAAACCAUAAAGAGCAGGCCACCACCUCCAGCGCUGCUGAGGCAGCGCCCAACUCUGGCUGGUGUGAAAACCGUGGUCUGUAACAGGCACAACCUGGAUAGCGUGAACCCUAUAAGGCACAUAUGA